GGGCGCCUUCGCGCUGGGCCCGACGGCGCCUGCGCGCUGCGAGGCCGGCCGGCCGGGACGGGGCGGGGCCGGUGAACUUCUGUGCCUCAUCGUCCCGGGACGCCGCGGGACACCGGGCAGGCGGCUGGCACCAUGAAGAUCUGGACUUCGGAGCACGUCUUUGACCACCCAUGGGAAAUGGUUACCACAGCUGCAAUGCAGAAAUACCCAAACCCCAUGAACCCAAGUGUGGUUGGCGUUGAUGUGUUAGACAGACAUGUCGAUCCCUCUGGAAAGCUGCACAGCCAUAGACUCCUCAGCACAGAGUGGGGCCUGCCUUCCAUUGUGAAGUCCCUUAUUGGUGCCGCAAGAACAAAAACGUACGUGCAAGAGCAUUCUGUAGUUGACCCGGUAAGAAAGACAAUGGAGCUCAAGUCCACUAACAUCUCAUUUACAAAUAUGGUCUCCGUAGACGAGAGGCUCACAUACAGGCCGCACCCCCAGGACCCAGAGAAAACUGUCCUGACCCAGGAAGCCAUCAUCACUGUGAAAGGGGUCAGCCUCAGCAGCUACCUUGAAGGACUCAUGGCAAGCACCAUAUCUUCCAACGCUAACAAAGGCCGAGAGGCAAUGGAAUGGGUGAUACACAAACUGAACGCCGAAAUUGAAGAAUUGACAGCAUCAGCAAGAGGAAGCAUAAGGACACCAAUGGCGGCCGCAGCAGCGUUGGUAGAAAAAUGACAAUGGAAAUUGGUGUGCAGCUACAGGGCCCCCAGGACUCUUCAGGCUGACAUCAUAUUUAUUUGUUAUUUAAAAGAUACUGCUAUUUUAGGUAGAUCUUUUUUUUUUCUUUUUUUUUUUUUUAAUGAGCUGGGGUAAGGCUGUGACUUUUGAUCAAAAGAUGGAGAGCUUCUAAAUCAAAGUGAUCGUCUGUGGUGGGAGGGCUUGAGGGAACUGACUAGAGGAGAGUCUUGUGUCCAUGUGAACAAUUAACGAGUUGGUUUGUUGUUGUUUAAGUACUUAGAAGAAAGCCAUGUUGAUCAAGUCUCCUUAGGGAGAAUCUUAGAGCCUUUUAGGUACGAGAAAACUACCUGGCUGCGGACCAACCAGAACACAGUCCAUCUGCCCUGGCGUCUACAGAUGCGGUGAACUAGAACCACCUGCAUGAGGAACUCCCUUUAAAAAGAGAAAUUGUAUAAUUUCAAAUGACAUUAAUUUGUAUAAAAUAACUUGCCCUGUUGGAAACCAGUGUUUGGAUUUGGAUUUAAAUGAUAUUUUUGGAGUGAAAAUUAUCACUAAGGUAAUCUCUGACUCCAGCAAAAAUAGUAUUUUAUUGUAUUAACGGGUACUGUAUUGAUUUGCCAAAGUUUUGUGACUUAGUAAAGGCAUUCCCUUCUUGAAUUUGUACUUUGUGAUUUGCAUGCUGUACUGUGGGCUGGUUAUGUUAACUGAGAAAAUAAAGUCAUUACCUGAGUGUCGCAUCACUCUUAAACAGAA